GAUAUAUUUAACUAGCUAGUGAUCAAGAGCAGAAACAAGCUAGGGAAAACCUUUCCUUAACAAAAUAUAUGAUCUCCCCUGCAGCCUCCAUUAUAGCUUGUAUAAGUUUGGGGCAGGCAACGUACGACAUACAUAAGCUAGGUGUACUCAUCAUGAUGUCCUAACUAACAACGUCGUACGGGACAAUAUUAUUUUCAGCUGUUUGGCGCAAGCAUGCACGGGGACGGGAGCAAGUUUUUCUGUCACUAGAUCUCCUAUUCUCUUCUCUUCUCGUGAGGACUUGGUCUUCCAUAGUAUUGUUGCGCCCACUGUCCAUAUUUAAAUGCUGAUCAUGGCUUCAUGUCUAUAUUUAAUGAGUAGCCAUGUUCAACCAUAUAUGAACCUUUAUUAGAUCCUCGCUUCACACCAUUAAAGCAACUCUUCUGCUUCUGCAAUUCCAAGAUUGACAAACCAUGGAUCAGGAACUUGUUUCAAGCUGGCCUAAUGUUCAGUUCGUACCUGACUCUUACGUGCGCCCACCAGAAGAAAGACCCGGGAAGCUCGUUCUUAGUUCGUGCAAAACAAAUAUUCCAGUUGUUGAUCUUGAGGGUCAUGAUGAAACCCAAAUCAUUCUGCAUAUUAUGAAAGCUACCAAGGACUUUGGGUUUUUCCAGGCCAUCAAUCACGGAGUUCCCAAAGUAUUAAUGGAUGAAGCAAUGGCUGUUUUCAAAGAAUUCCAUGCCAUGACUGAGAAGGACAAGACAAGUGAAGGCUCCAAGGACCCCAGUAGAAACUGCAGUUUCUAUAGAAGUAGUAAAAAUUACCAGACUGAGGAUGUUCAUGUGUGGAGGGAUGUGCUUACACACCCUUGUCACGAUCCUCUGGAGGAACAUAUGAAAUUUUGGCCUGCAAAGCCAACAAGAUACAGGGAUGUUGUCGGGAAGUAUGUAGUAGAAUUGAGAAAGCUAGGGGAGAAAAUUUUGGAGCUGCUUUGUGAAGGAUUGGGACUUGGUGCUAGUUAUUUCAGCAGUACUGGACUUAGUGGGAAUCCUGUACUGUUGGUGAAUCAUUAUCCUCCAUGUCCAGACCCAAGCCUGACCUUAGGAUUAAUCAGACACAUGGACCCUAGCCUCAUUACCAUAUUGCUCCAAGUAGAAAAUGGACUUCAAGUCUUCAAAGAUGGUGAAUGGAUUGCUGUUGAACCUCUUCCUCAUGCCUUCGUAUUAAACGUAGGCCUUGUGUUACAGAUUAUAAGCAACGGGAAGCUUAAAGGUGCUGAACAUCGAGCAGUCACAAAUUCAACACUUGCUCGAACAUCCGCUGCCUUCUUCAUUUAUCCUUGUAAUGAUAUCGUUAUUGAACCAGAAAAGGCUCUGACAAAUGCAUGCAAUCCCCCAUUGUUCAGAUCCAUGAGAUUUAAAGAAUUUCAAAGUAACUUCUUGUCUAGAUAUGCCAAUUCUGAGGCAGUGCUGCAAUUUUUAAGCACUGGGCAUAAGCACUGAUCAAUGAUCAUGAAGCAUGCAAGAGAACGGAUCGUGAAGAUGCACGCUAUCAUUUGAACUAGGAGCUAGACAAUUAAUAUAUAUAUAUAUAUAUAUAUAUAAUUAAGAUUAGACGGAAAUGAUGGCAUCAACAGGAAAUCAUGAGGAUCGAUGAAGCUAUGUUGCUAUAUAUAUAGGUAUAUAUUUUGUGUAAUAUAAUAUAUAUGACUUUGUUUAUAUACUAGUGUACCUUUUAAAAGAUCAAGACUGGAUGUUUUGCGUAACGA